AUGUUGCUGGCUCAGGAGUUUAAACAAAAGGAGGCACGGGUCUUUUUGGCCGGGACGAGGUAUAAAUGCGAGGGGGUUAAAGUGAGGCAGAACUGUGCGUCAGUCAACGGGCGGGAACGGAUCCGACGAACGGAACGGAACGGAACGGAAAGAAGCCAAAAUGAGCACGGGAAAGAUAAUAACGUACCACUUGUACGGUUUUUCCCUCAACAGAUCAUCUUCUAUGAAGACAGGAACUUCAUGGGGCGCUCCUGGGAGAGCAGCGGCAACUGCCCCAACAUGUCCGCCUACCUGAACCGCUGUUACUCGUGCCGAGUGGAGAGCGGCUGCUGGAUGGUGUACGAUCGCCCCAACUUCAUGGGCAACCAGUAUUUCCUCAGGAAGGGCGAGUACAACGACUACAUCGGCACGUGGGGGAUGAACGGUUGGAUCCGCUCCUGCCGCUGGAUCCCCAUGCACAGCGGCCCCUACAGGAUGAGGAUCUACCCCAGGGAGAACUUCAUGGGCCAGAUGAUGGAGAUGUCUGACGACUGCGACUCCUUCAUGGAUCGUUAUAGCUGGUCUCAAGGCUGCAUGUCGUGCCACGUGAUGGACGGCCACUGGCUCAUGUACGAGUUCCCUCACUACAAAGGCAGGAUGUGGUACUUCGGUCCCGGACAGUACCGGAACUACAGGCACAUGAUGGGAAUGAGCGGCAUGAGGUGUAUGAGCAUGAGGCGCAUCAUGGAUUCCUGGUAUAACUAAAGCCACUUCAUGUUCGAUCUCGUGAGUCUGAAAUAAAGCGAAUAAAAUGAGAAUUUGACAGAUUUCUGUCUUCUUUAUCAGCUGACGACACUGAUCGAUGAUGAGAUGCUAAAAAAAAAAAAAAAAAAA